AUGGUCGAUCUGCCCAGCCAGCGCAUCUACGCGCUCGGCGCGCUGGCGCUGCUGGUGGCAUGGAAAGUUUGGCGAGCCGGAACAGACCAGCUGCUUUUGUUUCUGAAAUGGUCUUUGCUGGACGCCGCCGUGUGGUACUGCGCCUGGCGCCUACGCAUCCCCAAGCUCACCGUGUCGGCGCCCGCCAUGUAUGCGCUUAUAGCAGCGUCGAUCUUUAUUGAUAUCAACCUCUUUUUGCUCUCCUCCAGCCUGUUUGUGAUGGCCGUCAAGCCCAUGGCUGUGGGCAUUGCCAGCAGCUGCCUGCGCACGCUCAAGGGCGUGCCCUGGCUGGGCCCGCGCUUGGUUGGCGACAGCGACCUUUUGAUCGACAGCUUUGAGCUUGAUGAUGAACACAUUCUGGGCCGACACACUAUCCAUAUUCUGCCGCACAGUCUGGCGCACAUGAACCCACAGACAAAGAGCUUCUGCAUAAACGAUCGCACGCUCAGAUCCGAGCCCUGGUACAGGAGGCUCACGGCCGGCUUGCUCAGCAACCAAGGCAUCCACCAUCGCUCCCAGCAGCCAACCAUUCCGAUUCUGAUCAACGGUACAGUGCCCGCGUCGAUCCGCUACGUCUUCACAUCCUUCGAAACCGGUGAGCGCCAGAUCCGCGCAGUGGGGAACGUCGGCGCCCUGCGCAUGGAGACGACUGCCGUGUACCCGACGCUGGGCAACUGGGUCAUGGCCACUGGCGCACCGACUCUGACUCGGCCGAUAACUUUGUCGUCGGCAACGAUGGCCACGCAAGGUAUGCCAGAGGCUGAUUCCGCCGAUUCUGAGCGUACCAGCGGCCUGAUCGAGGCCGUGGUCGAGGGUUAUGAGCCUAUUGACAUGACUAUCGUGCGCCUGGUCAACGGUCACCGCGAGGUCAUUGGCCUCGACGGUGUGCAGCCGCGCAUUUCUGAGCUUUCGGCCCGGGCAACCGCCAUUGGAGCCCCAGGCGAUUCGGACGAGUCAAAGUCAGCGACACAUCAGGUGUGGUCGCGGUACCGCGCUCGCAGGUCCGUAUACACGCUGAGCGACACGUUCCUGCGGCCAGGCGAGUAUGUGUACAAACUGGAGAGCGUCCGCGAUGCAGCCAACCACACUGUGGCGCUGGGUGACUCUGCCGCCAUUGAUGGCAACCGCGGCCUGUUCAAUGGCGACAAAGCAAGUGCCGGCAAGGCCACGUCUUACAUGGCUCGCAUCCAGGUGGUUCAUGAGACCAAAGAGUUUUCUACCGCAAAGGACGCUUAUAUUGAGGCGUCCCGGCCUGGCAUAUACCAUCUGCUCAGUCUCCAGGACAAGUAUUGCGCAGGCAAGGCCGAGUUGGCAAACGUCACGCUGGUGCAGACGCCCAAGCCCUCGGUCAACAUCACAUCGACGCCCAUUACCGCACGCGAGUGCGGCGGCGAAAUCGGCGCCCAUAUCGAGCUGGAGUUGAGCGGCCGCCCGCCGUUUGCCAUUCACUACCGUGAACGCAACCUGAGGCUCCCCAACAGCCGCACGGUCACCCGUGUGGUGCGGUCGCAGCAGCGGCACCACUCGUUCAAGGUGUCGCCAGAGCUGGCAGGCAUCUACGAGUUUGAGUUCUUCCGUCUCGAGAUGACAACUAUCCCAGCGGCCAGCCCAUCUCAGCUGUCAUCCAACAGGCCAUCCACGCGCAGCCCUUCCUCGGUCAUCUGCAAGGGCGAGUCGCUCGAGAUUCCCCUGCGCUUCAAGGGCCAAGGCCCCUGGCAGAUCACCUACAAUGUGGUUCAUGAGAGCCGCCGCAUGAGCUGGACAAUCUCGGACAUUGCUGACGACAGGUUUAUUAUUGAGCUGGGUGCCUUUGACAGCCCUGGCCAGUACACCAUUGAGCUGGCGCAGAUCAAGGACGGUAACCAGUGCAAGCGCGACUUGCUCGAUAUCGCGGCCACCAUCAGGGCACACGGCCCCGGCGAGUACGAACUUGUGGCUGCCAACGAUAUCUGCCCCGGCACGAUCGACUCGCAGAGCGCCCGCUGUCUCGUCAAGGUCGAGCCCAAGCCCCGCGCAUGGUUUGCCACGACCGGACUCAAGUACGAGGACAAGAGCAGCGCGCAUGGUGAGAAGGGAGUUUGGCAUCUGGGCGAUACUUGCGAGGCCUCAAAGUCGCCCGGAGCAUUUGAGCUAGGGCUCAGCGGAUCUGGCCCGUGGAAGCUCGAGUACCGCAUAGACUACUGGUCGUGGUCCAACCCGCAGAGCGGCAACCCGCGAACCGUUGAUCGCACAACCACGCAUACGUCGGUCGCCAUGCAGCAGAGCACCCUGAAGACCGAGUGCUGCGACCCGGGUCUCUACCGUUACACCCUGGUGGCUGUCAGUGACGAGCGCUACCAGCGCCUGCAGCCGCUCGACCUGCACUCAGCGCCUGCAACCAAGGAGUCCCUGACUGUUGUCGAACACCGCGUCACUCGCAGCCCACAGGCCGAGCUGCGCGCGUAUUUGCCCGACGGCACUCCACUCGAUGUGUCCACCAAGGGUGCGUUCCGGCGCAAGCAGCGGACCAUUAAGCAUUGCUUGGCGCCGGGCCAGUCCCGCACCGAGGGUGAUGCACAGAGAUGGGCGAGUGUGCGCGAGCAGCUGCCCGUGUUCCGAAUCGAGUUCGAAAAGGGCGGGUUGGCCCCGUUCCAGGCCUGGUUCGUCGAUCCGAGCGAGGUUGGUUUGGGCCGGCCUGACCAGGUGGGUGCGUCGAUUUCUGGCGGCAUUGAGAUCGAGUACAUCGAGGCGCCUAGUGCGCGCCCUGCAUCAUCCAGUCCAUCUGCCAACCCCUCGCGCAACGUGUGCGUCGGCGACAUCCUCUCGUUUGAUUUGCGCGGUCUCAACUCCUGGAAUGUAGAUUACACGUACAACGGAGAUCAUCGCUCAACAACAGCCAACAAGAGGCUGUUCCGCAGACUGGUCGACGAGCCCGGAAACUUCACUCUGACCCGCGUCUGUCAUCGGUCAGCCAAUGACUGUUGCAGCGAGUUUAGUGACUUGGCUUAUUCUGUGCAUGAUAUCCCUAGGGUGCGCGUUAGCGGCGGAAAGAACGUUUAUCAGGACAUUUUGGAGGGCGAUAUGGUUGAUAUCAGGAUGGAUUUGGUCGGCCAGCCACCGUUUACGUUUACUUGGCAGCGGCGCGGGUUGGCCACGGGGGACUUUGGGGAAAGUGUUGGAGUCACAUACGGUCAAGGAUUUCACGGACACGCUUACACCAUUUCGACGUCUUCUGAGGGCACCUUUGAGGUGACGUUUAUUCAGGACCAGUUCUGCCAAUAUCCAAAGGCAUAGUCUAAGAAUAACAAAAACAUUGGAUUUUUUUUACAAUUAUAAUUUUUAUUUAUAAUAACAAAAAUGUUUAUGCUUCGGA